GGUCAACCUAAAGUAUAAAGCCACGACCCAUUCCGAGGAACUAGCCAGAAAAACCGCCGGCUGGGGCUCGACCAGAAAUCAAAGAAGAAACUUGUUUCCGCUGGUUGAACGAUUCGUCUGCAAGUUCUUAGCAAAUUAACUCACCACAAAGUUAUACGCGGUGGCAUUGAAACGACCAUGAAGGGAGUUGUGUUCUGCUUCGUGUUGGCCGUGUUGGGGUGCAAGUUUGGAGCGGAUGCUCAAGGGGGCAGGGCUGAGCUACGCCCUGUCGAUGAAGGACCAUGCCCUCCUGGGGAAGAACUAGUGUCCUGUUAUAUCGAUCCCUGCGAAUUGGCAACCUGUCGAGGCAAUCCCUCGGCAACUUGUGUGUCUAAUUACUGUGGAGGUUGCAACCAUGAAUUCCAAGAUGCUCAAGGAAACGUUGUUGACUGUUCAGUUCCAGAGUUUAGCUGCGCCAACUGGGACAGCUACAGUGCUGCGGAUUUCGGUGCCAUGGCCACCGCAGGCAUCAUCGGCGGAAACGGCCGCAAGUGUCGCAUCGGUCAGGGCAGCUCUGAAACAGCUUGCAACUGGUACGUCAAGUAUGACGCGGACGGUGACACGGUGGACAACUGGGUGGGGCUGUCCUUUGGUGGAGUGCCCAACGUUGGAGGGACGGGGUGCUGUGCUUCUGUCAGCGACUGCAGCACGCUGUCGGGAGCUGGUGCAUGGCUGAAAUCACAGCACGAGGAAUACUGCUGUGGCUGCCCUGAGUUGGACUGUGAGCCCUGCCCUGCUGGUUAUGUGAUUGACGAAAAUGGAUGCCAAACUUGCACUUGUGUCUUUUCAUGCGACCACUGGGAAGACUACACUGUCGAACAGUUUGCUGCCUUCGCCCAGUCCCCCGACGCCGUCGGAGAGAACGGCCGACAGUGCACCAUAACCACUGGCAGUGACAGCACGGCCUGCGACCACUACGUCAAGUACAAGGAUCUGGGCCCUACCAACAACUGGUUGGGGCUGACGUUUGGUGGGACUCCUGGUGGGAGCGGCUGCUGUGCUUCUAUCAGCGACUGCCAGACGCUGAAUGGAGCGGCUUCCUGGAUGAAAGCAAAAUACAAGAACUACUGCUGUGUUCCAGAAUUCACCUGCAAGAACUGGGACAGCUACAGCGACCAAGAUUUCGGAGCCAUGGCCACCGCGGGCAUCAUCGGCGAAAACGGCCGCAAGUGUCGCAUCGGUCAGGGCAGCUCUGAAACAGCUUGCAACUGGUACGUCAAGUAUGACGCUGACGGUAACACGGUGGACAACUGGGUGGGGCUGUCUUUUGGUGCAGUGCCCAACGUUGGAGGGAGUGGAUGCUGUGCUUCUGUUGGCGACUGCAGCACGCUGGAUGGAGCUGGAGCAUGGCUGAAAUCGCAGCAUAAGGAAUACUGCUGUGGCCCCAAGUUCAGCUGUGACAGGUGGGACGACUACAGCGCUGCCGAUUUCGGCGCCAUGGCCACGGCAGGCAUCAUUGGUGACUACGGGCGCAAGUGCCGCAUCGCCCAAGGCAAUUCCCAGACGUUCUGCGACUGGUACGUCAAGUACGACGCGGAUGGCGAUGCGUACGACAACUGGGUGGGCCUGACAUGGGGCGGGGUGGCUGGCCUGGGCGGGUCUGGAUGCUGCGCGUCUUCCUCUGAUUGCAGUACGCUCAACGGAGCCGGUGGUUGGUUGAAAUCAGAACAUAAGCAGUAUUGCUGUGGGCCUGAAUUUCAGUGCGACCGAUGGGAUACCUACAGCGCCGCUGACUUUGGUGCCAUGGCGCUGGCCGGCGUCAUCGGCGAGAACGGCCGCAAGUGCCGCAUCUUUGAGAACUCUUGCGAAGAGUCCUCCUGUGAUUUCCUGGUGAAGUACGACAUCGACGGCAACAGCAGCGACAACUGGCAGGGUCUGACAUCCGCCGGCGGGCCCGGCGGGAAUGGAUGCUGCAGUUCCCCCGCGGACUGCAGCAUGCUGAACGGGGCCGGAGCCUGGUUGAAGGCGCACCACCAGGACAUCUGCUGUGGACCCAGAGUUGGAGCUCAGGUUCUGGAGCCAGGCCUUGACAGGGUCUUAGGCCGUGGACGGGCUUAAAUUAGCUUCUCUCAAUACAAUUUUUUUCAGAUUAUGUAUAGAAAAUUAUACAAUAAACCAACUACUGGCGGCAAACUAUUAAGAUCACCAGGUGUCUGCACUAGGUAAAUUAAUUUAUAGAAAUCCACACAAAGUAUGAGUUAUUUAUCCAAUUUUCAGAAUUAUUGUAUUGCAUAAAAUACAUUACCAUUAUAAAAACAUUACUGUUUGCAGUGUUUUUAUAAUCAGAUUACAACGUUUUAAAUAAGUAACUUAACAAGUCAGCCGAGCAGAUUUUAAUUGUUUUCUUUUUUGUUUACAAUAAUAAGCUUCAUUUUUGGGUUUUUUUUACAGAUUCUUACCUUUUUCCCAAAGUAAGGAUUUUAACGGGUGUUGUAUACUAUCUUUAUUUUUUCGUCAAUUGUAUUUUCAUCUGAUGUAACGUCUUAUCAUGUGUUUAAAUAUAAUGUUCAUUGUAUACUUUUUUUUUAUGUGCACAUUUGCCGUAGAACUGUGUGACAUGACGCGGGGUCGUUUCCAACAGUGACCAUUCCACAUGACUGAAUAUAUAUGUCUCGUCUGCCAUUUUUACCAUAGGAUUUGUAUGGGCAGUUUAAGUAAAUAUGUUCUAGUUGACAUUUCUGAAACAAUAAAUAAGACUGGGUAAUGGGA